AUGAUCUCGAGUGCAAACCUUUAUGCUGGAGGCCAAAUCUCCCUAACACAGAAAAUUCUUGUGUCCCAGUCUGGAUUGUUUUACAGUGACACAACGGCUCGACGUGCUGCACUGCUGAAGCUGGCUGCACAACCCCUCCACCCCACGGGGGACAACUGCCAACAGCUCCUUGGCAGCUGCCGUUUGUGCCAGUUGUACCAGAGCUGACGGUUUCCUCAGGCCCUGGGAAUGCUGCUGGGAGCUUCCAAAAGUCCCCAAUGUCCUUGCCUUGCCUUCCGAGCUCUGGGGACGCAGUUGAGGAUCUUCUACUCUUCUCCACAUGUUACAUUCUGUUUCCUCUGCCCUAUCUCCCUAGGACGUAUGUCUACAACCACAACGAUAAUAGAUGGUAAGAACGGAUCCAUUCCCUCAUCAUCCAUGAAAGUGGGGAAGAAAUCAAUGACAGAAGACCUCGUGACAACCUUCAGCUCACCAGCAGCAUGGCUUCUUGUUGUUGCUCUGAUUGUUACCUGGUCAGCAGUAGCUAUUGUGAUGUUUGACUUGGUGGAUUACAAAGACUUCGCAGCCACCUAUUCACAACAUUGUGAUGAUCCCUGUUUACCACCUGGAAGAUCUGUUAACAAGCUCAGCACAGAACCACUGAGAAUCAUUCAUGAGACAUUGGAAGAAUCCACUGAUUGGCUCUAUGGCUUUAUUUCUUUACUGUCUGACUUCGUAUGGAGUGAUGAUGAUGAUGACAGUGAUGAAGGUGAAGUGGAAUCUUCCCUGAAAAAAGAAAUUCAAAAACAGAAAUCAGAGAGACAUGAAAAACGAACACCUCCAAAGGCAGUUCACAGAGACAAACCUGAAAAACAAGAAAAAAUGGAGAGAAAGGAACCCCUGAAGGUGACACAAAAAGACAAACUGGACAGACAAGAAAAGCCUGAAAAAAAGGAAAGGCAUGCAGCUAUUCACAAAGAGAAACCUGAAAAGCCAGAAAAACUUGAAAAGAAAGCACCUUCUAAAGUAAUUCAAAAAGACAAACCUGAAAGACAUGAAAAAGCUGAAAAGAAACCUCCUCCCAAAGAGGAGAAGAAAGUGAAGAGCACUAAAGUGGAAGCAAAAGCUAAAAAGGAAGUGAAGGAUGGAAAAGGAGAUGCAAAGAUAGCUGAGAAGGCCAAGCAGGCAGAGACUAAAACAACAGAAGUUGGGCUAAUAAAGGCCAAACCGAAAGUUAAGGAGGAAAAAGCUCUUCAGACUGUAACUAAAUCGGAAAAGAAAGAUCAAUAUGCAUUCUGUCGCUAUGUGAUUGACAUGUUUGCGCAAGGGGAUUUUUAUCCAGGUCCGGGACACAAGGAAAUGAUGCCACCUCGUCUUCUGCUAGAACAUAGUCCAAGAAAGAAACCAGCAGCUAUUGAAGAGAAUAAAGAGGAAAAGACUAAUGCAAAGAAGGUUAUGACUGAAACUAAGAAGAAAGAAAAAGAAGGGAAAAAAGAGAAAGCUCAUGAGAAGACAGCUGUCCCUGAAACUAAAAAAGCAGGGACUCAGUGGCAUGAAAGGCACUCUAUAAGCUUAGAGGGAUAUUUUUUUUUUUAUAAAAAAGAAGCUGCUGCAUCCAAAGAGCUCAAAAAGCCAGCAAAAGCUCCUGCAGCCAACCCAGCCAACAAAAAAGCAGCAGCACCAGAACCACACAAGAAAGAAAAAAUGAUGGACGCUGCAUCUGUGGAAACUCAGAAGUCAAGAGCAGUACCUGAAAGGAAGGAAGUAAAAGCAAUGAAGGCAGCAGAGCAAGAUAAACCAAAGAUGAAACAAGGAAAUCCUGGAAAAGAGAAAGAGUUGAAGUCUUCACCUGCUACAAAAGAUAAAGAACAUGCUAAAGAAAAGGAAGGAAAGAAUCCUACAUCUUUAAAAGAGAAAGAUUCUCUGAAAGGAAAAAACCCCAAGAAUCCAGAAGGGUCAAAAGAAAAAGAGACUGCUAAAAGAAAAGAUGUGAAGCCUCCAGCAGCCUUAAAGGAAAAGGACUCUUCAAAAGGAAAAGAAGUGAAGGCUUCAACUGUGACUAAGGAAAAAGCUGCGGUGAAAAAGGAGGGGGAGAAGAAAGCUACCUCAGAGAAACCUCAUGAACACAAGCAUGAACGUACUAAACAUGACAAAGCUGUCCCUCAAACUAAGCCAGAGGAGAAAAUAAAACAACAAAAGACCACUCCAACUGAGAAGUCAGUCCAGACAAAACCAGCAAAGCAUGAAAGAGUCAAGCAUGAAAAAGAUGUUCCACCUACAAAACCAGCAAUGAAAAGGACAAAGACAGCUAAGGAAAAAGAAGAAAAACCAACUGGGAAGAAACACCUGAAAGAUGAAAAAAACAAAGGAGUCCCACCAGUAAAAGAAGCUCCACGACAUCACAACCUGACGUCAGCUCCUGUCCGCUACUUCCAAUGUGUCUUCUUAAAUGGACCUAAUGGACUUGGCCUGCAGUUUCCCAUUAAUUCUCCUUCAGACAGGGAAGAAAAAACUCACUCCAGGUCUUCCAAGAGAAACACAAGGAAACCAGGGCAGUAG